AUGGUGACAUGCCUUUGUUUUGAACUCGUUCGGAAAACGAAACUGAAAGACAAUUCUGAUAAGAAAUCCAAACGUGACAAGUCGCCAUCAUCAACACCGUCUCCUGCCAAACCAGAACGAGCUUCAGAAACCGUGCUAGAUGUUGAAAACAGAUGUCGGAUUUUCUCACACCAAGAACUCGCCACCGCAACAAAUAACUUUAGUGAUGAAUCUUUGAUCGGAAGAGGUGGAUUCGGAACUGUGUAUAAAGGAAGGCUAGACACUGGAGAGGAAGUAGCUGUUAAAAUGCAUGAGAAUGGUGGUGUUCAAGGAGACAAAGAGUUUCUAGUGGAAGUCCUAAUGCUCUCGAUCUAUCACCACGAUAAUCUUGUGCAUUUGUUCGGCUAUGGCGCUGAGAAUAAUCGAAGACUCCUUGUCUAUGAAUAUAUGCCUCUUGGAUCAUUAGACGAUCAUAUCCACGAUCUCAAAGAUGGUCAAGAGCCUUUAGAUUGGAACACAAGGAUGAAGAUAGCUGCAGGAGCCGCUAAAGGGUUAAAGUAUCUUCACAACGAAGCAAAUCCUCCUGUGAUAUACAGAGAUUUGAAAACUUCAAACAUAUUGUUAGACCAUGAGUAUAAACCAAAGCUCUCUGAUUUUGGACUUGCUAAGUUUGGUCCGAGUAAAGAUAAGUCUCACGUUUCUACUAGAGUUAUGGGAACUCAUGGGUAUUGCGCACCAGAGUAUGCUAGCAGCGGGAAGUUGACGCAUAAAUCUGAUAUCUAUAGCUUUGGAGUCGUUUUGUUGGAGCUUAUCUCUGGACGCAAAGCUCUUAUGCCCUCAUGCGAUUGCGUGGAUUCUCAAAGUCGCUAUCUUGUGCAUUGGGCACAAACGUUGUUCUCGGGUGGCCAUAUUGAGCAGAUUGUAGAUCCAAAGUUAUCAAGAAAAGGUGGUUUCUCGAAAAAAGCUUUGAGAAGAACUCUUCAAGUGGCCAUGAUGUGUCUACUUGAAGACGCAAACGCUAGACCAUUGAUCACCGAGGUAGUGACUACUCUAGAUUACAUUGUUGAGUACAAAUCGAUGAGAAGGACGACUAGGCGUGGACAAAGAGGAGAUACGGAGAGGGCGGGAACAUCGAGUUCACCGGAUGAGAUGACAAGGAUGUUGAAUGUUCUUGCAGGAAAAAGUGACCCUCUUGAGAGAAGGAGAGUCGUGGAUGAUGCUAAGUCUUGGGCUGAUGAUUGGAGGAAGAAGGGCUCUCAGUCAACAGCGGCGAGCGCCUCACAGUGUUGA